GUUUCGUCCUUGGCAGAAGCGCUUCCCCGAUUUUAGAGGUAAGAGGACGGGAUCUAGAUGGAUCGGGGCGGCGCUCCUCUUCCCAAAAUACUUGACGACCACCGCGUGGUGGGAUCCAAGGACGAUAGUGGCGCUCUGCGUGUUGGGAGUUCGCUCAGUGGUGGAUUAAACCACUCGGCCAAGGAAGGAAAAUCGACAGGAGAGUUUUGUUCGAGAUUUCUCGCGCUGUUUCUAUGAAUGAAGAAGGGAGGAGAACAACUGGUAGCUCAUUCCCGUCCCUCUGCUCGUCUGUAAAUGUACCCAGGCAAGGAUCGUAGAUUGGCAGAUCCAGGACCGUAUCGAAAACACGGCCAGGUUUUGGGAGGCCUGAUCAAAUCUCACAAGAACGCUCUCUCGGCAUCCAGUGAGUUUGCCUAGAGCAAGCACAGUUUUGCAUUUUCAUUAUCCUCCUAAUGUUAUUACUAUUUUAUUUUCCUGUAAAAGAAAGAAAACGAACCCAAAAAUGGUCAUGAGUUAUAUAAGUUCUCUGAAUGAAAAUUUUCCACAGCGCCGCUCCUCCACCGCCAGAUAGCCGCCAGAGCGCCACCACAUCUGCCCAGAUUUUACUACGAUUGUUUUUAACGGUCAGGAUUUGUUCUUCGUCUCUAAACCUCAAGAGCCCUAAAAUCAGAUGAUUGGGCAAAUCAAUGUCGCGGUGAGAGAAAUGGCUCCAAUCCAGCUAAACGGCGACCGCCGCGAGCGCGAUCUCCUCUCCGGUAAGAACAUCGGCUUGAUCAACGCAAUCAUUGAUCGAUUUGCGAAACGGGGCAGGAUGGAUGAGGCACGCCGCAUUUUCGAUGCCAUGGAUCGGCGCACCGCGGCGUCGUGGAACUGCGUCAUCGGCGGCUACGCACGGUGCGGCCAGCCGUAUCUCGCGCUUCUGUUCUUUGGGCUGCUGCAUGCCGAGGGGUUGGAUCCAAACGGCCGGAGCUUCGUCGCGGCUCUCCAGGCGUGUUCUUCGCUGGCCGCUACAGAAAAGGGGGUGAGAGAUUUACAGGGGAGGAUCAUCAAGCUCAGGAGCCUCAAGAGAGGAUUGGCUCUUCAUUCCCAGCUCCAGAGUGGUGGAUUCUUGGUGGACAGGUUCGUGGCCAGCGCCCUGGUGGAUUUCUAUGGAAAGUGUGGCAGCGUGAGAGAAGCUCUAGAGAUUUUCCAGGCUGCCAAGUUGGGAACAAAGGACGUGGUUUUGUGGAGUGCCAUGAUCAGCGCUUGCUCGCAAGGAGGGGAAGACGAGCUAGCCUUGGAGCUCUUUGAGCUUAUGCUUUUGGAAGAUGGAGUGGAGGCGAAUGCUCGGACUCUGGUGGCCGUGCUCGACGCUUGCACGAACCUGGGAUGGCUGGACAGGGGCGGAGAGAUUUACUCGAAGUUUGCAAGAACAGGGACAGGGAUUUCGUCCAGCGUUUUCGUCUCCAACAGUCUGAUGGAUAUGUAUGCAAAGUGGGGGAGAUUGCUGGAUUGCCGGCGAGUUUUCGAUGGGAUGAUAGAGCGGGAUUCGGUCUCCUGGAAUGUUAUGAUCAUGGGAUAUGCAAAAGGUGGCGAGGCCGAGCGAGCUCUCGAGUUAUUCACGGCCAUGCAAGCGUUAGACGUGGUCGUCAGCUCGAGAACUUUGGUGGCCGUUCUCCAGGCAUGCUUGGAUAUGGCCGAGAAGGAAGAGGCUCGGCUUGUGGAUGGAAGGCCCUUGAAAGUGGCGUCGCUGGAGAAGGCAUUGGCUUUUCAUUCCCGGUUUCUCGACGGGCUGGAAGAUGUUUACGCUGCAAACAACUUGAUCAGUCUCUACGCUUGGUGUGGAAGUUUGGAUGAUGCGGCUCGAGUUUUUGACAAAAUGGUGAUCAAAGACUUGGUUUCGUGGAACAUCAUGAUCGAAGCCUACACCGAGAGUGGAAACCAUGAGCUGGCCCUGCAGGAGUUUUCGAAAAUGGGACUCCAAGGACUGAAACCGGACUCGCAGACUUUUGCAUCGGUACUUAAGGCCUGUGGUGGUCUUGGAGCACUACAGGCUGGACAGGCAAUCCAUCGUCUGAUCGAAGAAGCUGGGGCCGAGAGCUCUCCGGCGGUGGCAAACUCGCUCGUAAGUUUCUACGGCAAGUGUGGUGACAUGGUGGAAUCUCGGCGAGUGUUUGAUGGGUUUCCAGACAAGGACGCAGUGUCUUGGAGUGCACUGAUCGCGGGAUACAGCCGUCAAGGGGACAGUGACGCGGUGUUUGAUCUGUUCGAGAGAAUGCAAGAGUUCGCCAAGCCGGACGCUGUGACAUUCUCUUCAGUUCUAUCGGUCUGCUGCCACGCUGGUUUGGUCGACAAGGGGAUGGAAUACUUUCACGCGAUGUGCUCGGACUAUGGACUUAGUCCGAGUGUGGAGCACGUAAUCUCCAUGGUUGAUCUACUUGGACGUGCUAAUCGGCUGGAGGAUGCGCUUGCGGUGGUGGAAAGCCUGCCGAUGAAAGAGGUGUGCUCCAGGAUAUGGAUGGCUUUGCUUGGGGCUUGUUUCAAGUGGAAAAAUGGGGUGAUUGGAGAGGUAGCCUUUGAUGCUCUAUCAAAGGUUGACGAUCAAGGUGGUACAGCUUAUGCUCUCAUGGCAAACAUAUACUCAGGCUCAAACAAUGAAAACCUUGAAGUGAUCGCUGGAUCUUUGUGAUGUCACUUCAAGACAUGAAGUGUGGAAAGAGUUGGAUCUGAUGCUCCACUGAUGGUAAUUCCCGAAGCAUGGGCUUGCUUCAAAUAGGCAAGAGCCUC